AUGCGGUCGCUGCUGUUACUUCAGUUAUUUCUGAGUAUUGUUAUAGCUCAGAACAAUGACUGGAGUAAAGGGGUCUCAUCUUUCUUCUCCAGACCAGCACAUGAAGAACUACCAAAUUUCUACGAAAUCCCCAGCGAGCCAUUCCACAAAAGGGUGAAACGAGCAAUUUAUGCAACUCUCGGCAUCACUAGCCAAUGUGAACCCGGCUGGACUGGACAGUACUGCGAAAAUCCUAUCUGCAGCGAUGUUGGCAAGCUUCCACAAAGUUCAGUUGACUACCAGCUCAUUGAUCUCCUGAAUCUUCCAUCAGGAUGCACUGGAAAGUAUUAUGUUCCGGUCGAUAGCAUGACUCCAGCGCUUACCAUUGAGGUGAACGCUGCUGGUAAACCUUACCUGAAUCUAACCGACUCCAAUGGAAAUGUGAUGAAAUGCGAUGGUAGUAUCAAUGAUGGCUAUACACUUUGUCGUUACCUGAAUCUCGUACCGGGACCAUAUCAACUGACAGUCGAUAAUGGCGGUGUGCCAACAUCAAACUGCCUUGUUCAAAUCACUUCAUACAGCGGUCUGUCAGUUGUCCAAAGGUUCACUUUAUCACCACAAACUGAUGUCGCUCCGUUCUCUGAGUCGGCCAUUGAGGGCCAACCGAUGUACUUCGUCACUCAUGUGAACAACUUGACCAUGCCAGGAGGUAAAUCGCGUUUCUCGCAUCAAAAAAUCAAAGAAUCAUACGGAAACGUUCAUCUCAUCAAACAGACAUUCUAA